AUGCCUACGGGAAAUGUCAACGUAAACCUGAUCGGAGGAUUCGCUAGUUAUGGCCAUACAUCGUCAACAUCCACCGCUGACGAUGCUGACAUCGAUGAAGAGCUUAUUAAGAGAAUGGAAUAUCUGCUCCUUCUACAAUCAAUCCCUUCUAUCGACUGUGUACUAUUUGUAGACCGUGUCUUGAUGUUGCUCUCAUCUGCUAUCCUAUUUUAUGACAUAGAAAUGGCUAACAUCCAUUUCGUCCUUUUCGAAGUCGAUAAUCGCGAAAGUCGUGUCAAGAAAUUAACUAAAAAAGUAAUGAAACCAUCACAUGGAUUACAGCAAAUCGAGGAUCAUAAGAUUAUGACGAAGAAAUUAGAUAAUGAUAAAAGUAAAGAGAAAACGAGAAUAUUGCCUAAAAGCAGUUCAAAUAGACCACCAAAAUAUAGUAAAAUUGACGGAAAACAACUUCUAAAUCAUGAAGCUAACGACAAUAGUGCCAUGCUGCAACCUGUAGAAAUCUUUGAAAUCAAGCAGCAAUUAAUGAAAGAUGGUUUUCGACUGGAUGAAGCAACGGAUGAUGAAGAAUUUGAUCUUUUUCCAACUAGAGUAGUAACACAAGAGGGUUCUAAAUGUUCUUGUUGUACAUGUAUAAUAUUGUAA